AUGAGCAAAGGCCGCGAGGGCGCCGCGGCGGCCGAGCUGCGGCAGCUCGGUGGCUCCCUCAGCACGGCCGACAUGGCCCGCGAGGUGCAGGGGCUGCGCGGCGACUGCGCCGCCUACGCCGAGCGGCUGCAGCGCAUCGCGGCGGCCGCCCGACACGUCUCCCCCGAGGAGAAGGAGCAGGUCUGCCGGGAGCAGCAGCUCUACUGCCGGGAGUGGCGGAGGAGGAAGCGCAUGGCGACGGAGCUGCUCGACGCCAUCCUCGAGGGCUACCCCAAAAGCAAGAAGCAGUUUUUCGAGGAGGUCGGGAUAGAGACGGACGAGGAGCACCACGUGUCGCCGCCGGCCGCCCCGUGAGGCGCCGCCGCCGC